GACUGUGACGCACAAAAGGAUAAGGAUGAUAUAAAUUGUGAGGAAAAACCACUUUCAUCCAGAGAGCAGCAGAAGUUUGACGAAAGCCGAUCAGACCCAGAAUCUCCAGUCAAAUCGAAUCUGUACUUGUGGCCACAGCAUGACACAGGUGGAUAAAAGGGGUUUGCAUUAUCAGGUACUUGGAUUGAUGGUGUUAGUCCUCUUCUCUGGAUUUGGAGAUACUAAGGAGAAGUUAGAUGAUGUGCUCCAAUACAACACAACACAUGAUGGUAGUGAAGAGCAACCACGGGUUUUGGCUAUUCAAAGGCCCUGCGGUCCAGAACAUGAAGGAUUCUGUUUCAAUGGUGUGUGUUCCUACUCCUCUGAAUUGGACACCCCCAUCUGCAGGUGCAACCAGAUGUACAGUGGUAUGCGCUGUGAACAUUUACUUUUGGACUCCCGAAGUUUUUCGAGUCCUGAAGAACUCAUUGGCAUUAGCUGUGGUGUAGUUUUAUUACUGGUGUCCAUCAUCGGACUGAUGUACUUCUGCUUACAGAAAAGGUGUCGGAAGUCGUCACCACCCUACAAGAACUAUGGCUCUGAAAACUCUGUUUAAUUUAUUUAGCUAGAUAUAAUUAAUGCUCCUAAAUUUAGGAGAAAGAAAGGAAGAAGGACGAAACAUCUAGUCAGACUCUAUGGCGUAGAUGCACAACGCCCUCUACAGGACAGAGCGAGAAUGGCAAAUAAACACUCGCGAAUGACACAUUAAUGUAAUAAAUUACAUUUGUUCAACAAAGUCACAUGUUUCUUAGUGCUGCACGAUACUUGUAAUUAUACUAUAACAUGGGCACUGUAAAGCGUGAACAUGAGCAUUGCUUAUCAUGUACUUUUAUUUAAAAUGGUCAAAAGAAAAAAACUGCAUGUACAACUAUCAAUCAGAUGAAUUUCUGUUUAUCUGUAAGCAAAUGUCAUAUGCUGCCUCAGUAAUGAAUGUACUGUGCAAGUGCACAUGGUAUUUAUUGCACAAUUAUAAACAUAUGAUAAUGCUAAAUAAUACCUAAACUGUUGUAAUGUAUUUGUAUGAUAUUUAUUUAUUGAAAGAUUUGUAUAAAAUUUGCACCUAAAAUAAAAAAUAUAUAAAUGCA